GAUCUGGCGCACAAGAUCAGUUGGCCAAGAGAUUUCCCAGCAGCUGCAGCAAACGGCAUAGAGAGAACUACGAGAGUGAGAUCACAAGGAUUGGAGAUACGCACAGAAUGGAAUCGCGUCUGGGUCUGCUCAUCGCCCUGCUGCUGGCGGCCUUUCAGGCCUGGGCCAUGGAAGCCCCGUCGAACUUUAAUCAGAACUCUACUGAGAGCGGACUGCUGCGGACAGUGCGUCAUAUCUAUGGGCAGUGUGCAGAUAGCGAGGACGUUUUCUGGUGCUGCAAGAUACAGGGAGUUCGCCUGCUGGGACGGGCUCUGAAGGUCCCACAACUGGGCAUCGUGGAUGGCGUUAGUUUGGUGCGUCGGGAAUCCUUUAGCCAGGACACGCGGAGUGGACGCUCCAGCCUGCUCGAGAGCCAGCUCAGCAAUCGCGAUCUCGAGCACAUGUCGGGGAAGAGUCUGGACGCCCUGCUGCUGGAGCGGUUCCUCAACUUUGUCCAUAGUCACCAGCUGCAGGUGAAUCUACCACGGUUGCUGCGGUUUGGCGAGCGGAAUGGCCAGGAUUGGCUGCAGCACGUGAUCGGCUACUUUAUGCCAGCCAGCGAAAGCGAGGGUCGCAAAAAGAAGGAUGACAAAAAGUAUCUGGGACCCUUCAUUGCCGCCGUUCUGCUAAAGACCGCUAUUCUAAAGAUGGCAUACCACUCCAUCGCCAUUGUAGCGGGAAAGGCGCUGAUUGUGGGCAAGAUUGCGCUGAUCAUCAGUGCUAUAAUCGGGCUGAAAAAACUGGUGGGUCACGACGGCGGCGAGAAGACCACCUACGAGAUCGUCAAGCAUCCACAGGUGCAGCAGAGCCACACAUACUCGUCCAGUCACCAGGGUGAGUACGAUACUGGUGGCCAUGACGGAGGAUCCUACCACCGCAGCAUCGACGACGAGAUGAUGAUGCAGGACAAGGCUUACCAGGCCUGGAUGCCCCACGUGGCCGCAUCCCCUUCGCCCGCCGCCAAGGGAUCCCGAUAAGGGGAGCCGCGGAGUUCCUUCCGGGGUCAGCAGCUCUACUACCAAAGAUCCAAUGAUUCCAAAAAGCUCCCACUUAGCCCAAUCUAUAUGAAUUUGUAUUUACACUCGACAGCCCUCCAGUUUAAGUUUAGUUAUCUUAGUUAAUAUGUUACCACAGAUCGAGCAUUAAAAAGAAAAGAAUUUUAA